GUUCUGCUUUAUCCCUUGUAUCCACUUGUAGUCCCAUUGUUCCUUAAAGCGGGUUGUGCUUUUACCAAAUACAUUUUCAGAGGCAGGAGGAUGGACUCUUGAACUGAGGAUUUUAUUCCUUUGCAUGACUCCUGGAACAGUUUUUCAGAAUGUCUAGUUUUUAUGUGAUGCCUUUAUAGUUUUAAUUUUUUCUCUUUUCUCUCAUGGCAUUUAUUUAUUUGAGACAAGAACCUAUUCUCUAGCUUUGGUCUGUCUGAAACUCACUAUAUAUCCCUGACUACUCUCAAAUUUGUAUCCUUCCUCCUGCCUCAGCUUCCUGAGUGCCGGGAUUUUAGGUGCUUGUCACCAUGCCUAGCCCCAUAGAGUUUUCUUCAAGGUCUUAUUUAGAUUACUAAUGACUAUCCCUUUCCACUGUCCAAACAGCUGACAGAUAAUUAGUAUCAGAGACAAAUGUACCAUGAGCAUUGGAGAGUCAGACAAGAGGGAUUUAGAACAGGUUUUAGUAACAGGGAGGCUUGGUUACUUUUAGAAUGAAGGAGCAAAUAGGGAGAAGGUAGGGCCGCAUUAGAGCUGGUAAAGGCCAGGGAGACAGAAUAGACUGAUUCCCUCUUGUCAGGAGAGUUUCACCGGAAGAGGGGUGUGUGGGCUUCAGGUUUUACAUGGAUAAGCAGGUUUAGAAUUGAUCAAAAGGUGUUUUAUGGGACUCUGUGAAGCACAGGCUCAUGAGGAGGGUGAUGAAUAUUGCUCCUUCAGUUUCAUUGGCUGCCCCUGUUCACUGCCUUCGGGGAGGCUGUGAAUCUGGGUCACAGUGGACAAACACAUCUCUUAGUUGUCUUCCAAUUUCCACCUGGCUCUCCAUGUCCAUCACAGGGAGUCAUGAGGGCAGCUGUCCUGAGAAACGUUCAAGGUAAUAGACAGAUAAACAAACUGAUUACAUAUAAUCGAGUUUACUUAAUAUAUCUUCAGGAAGGAGAUAUAUUAAGAACACAUUACAGAGUGGUGUGUCUUGAGGAGCUAUUAUAAGGCUAAGAUUUGGGCAAACUGAAGAGGGAAGGGAAGGAAAUUUAGGUAAAUACAGAACAAAAUGUCGGGGAAGGAACAAGUACAAGCUGUGUAGAGAGCAAUUUGUACUUACGUGAAUAAAAAUGGUAGAACAAAUGUUAAAAGGUGGAGGUGGUGGAGGACACUGGGGGCAGGGUGAAUGGAGACAGGUGCAGCUUCUGUUGGUUCUAAAGCACCUUGCCACAGAAACUGUGCAAAUGAAACACUCAGGGCCAGAAGCCAUGCCUACACCCUAGCCACCAUCUUCUAGAUGAGCUUUCUCUUGGGAGCUCAGCAAUUCACAAGUUUGCAUCUGCCUUUGUGCCUUUGCACACACUCAAGAAUUCUUUCUGUUCCUUCACUUCCAGCCACUCAUCAGCUAUAGUGGGCACCAUGAUUCACAGCAACAUCACCAUCUUCCACCCUGCAGUUUUCGUGCUCCUUGGCAUCCCUGGGUUAGAGGCUUAUCAUACCUGGUUGUCUGUACCCUUGUGCCUCAUGUAUGUCACUGCGGUCUUUGGGAACAGCAUCCUGAUAGUGGUCAUCAUCACAGAAUGGAGCCUGCAUGAACCCAUGUAUUUCUUCCUCUCCAUGCUGGCCAUCACAGAUAUCCUGCUGUCCACUACUACUGUGCCCAAGGCCCUAGCCAUCUUUUGGCUCCAUGCCCACAACAUUGCCUUUGAUGCCUGUGUCACCCAAGUCUUCUUUGUCCACACAAUGUUUGUGGGGGAGUCAGCCAUCCUGUUAGCCAUGGCCUUUGACCGCUUUGUGGCCGUCUGUGCCCCACUGAGAUACACAACGGUGCUAACAUGGCGCAUGGUGGGGAGGAUUGCUCUAGCCAUUGUCAUCAGAAGCAUCUGUAUCAUCUUUCCCGUGAUUUUCUUGCUGAAGCGGCUGCCGUUCUGUCAAACCAACAUCAUCCCCCAUUCCUACUGUGAGCACAUUGGGGUGGCCCGCUUAGCCUGUGCCGACAUCACUGUUAACAUUUGGUACGGCUUCUCAGUGCCCAUCGUCAUGGUUAUCAUGGAUGUGAUCCUCAUUGCUGUGUCUUACUCACUCAUUCUGCGAGCGGUGUUUCGUUUGCCCUCCCAGGAUGCUCGGCACAAGGCCCUGAGCACUUGUGGGUCUCACCUCUGUGUUAUCCUCAUGUUUUACGUUCCAUCCUUCUUUACUUUACUGACCCACCGCUUUGGGCGGAACAUUCCCCGGCACGUGCAUAUCUUGUUGGCCAAUCUUUAUGUGGUAGUGCCACCAAUGCUGAACCCCAUUGUCUACGGGGUUAAGACUAAGCAAAUACGGGAGGGUGUAGUCCACUGGUUCUUGGACAUCAAGACUCAGUGUUGUUCCUCUUCUUUGGGUUGAUGGGUCCUUGUGAAUCUUUAUACUCAGCUUCAUCAAGGAAACUAGCCAAGGAGCACAGAUCUCCUGGAUAGAGAGGACUGUCCUUCUUUUGCUUCAUCCUCGUCCUCUUCCCACUUUUCCAUUUUCUAAUUUGUCUUCCUUAUCUCUUUCUCUUGUUUAA